CAAGAUGGCGGCGCUCGGGAGAGGGAAGGGGGGAGAUGGAGGGGAGGUGACUUUAGGCCUACCGAGUGAAGCUUGUCACAAUUGCAUCUCGAGUGCGUGUGAGUGCGUGCGAGACGAUAGGAUGAUGGACGCGUGCCAGGAUUGUUUAUCGCUUCCCGCUAUCGUUGCCGUUGCCAUCGAGGGUGGCUGUGCUCUGUAACGAUUAGUGCAUCGCGCAACUGAUGAACAACAAGAUGCUCGCCUUCGUGGACGAACGUACGCGACGCCGGGACUGGCAUUGAUACAAGUACGCGCUCUCUGCGCUGCACCGUGCCGCGAUCCACCUCGUACAUGUCAGUGUAUUGAGCCAAAAUGGCAGCCACGUUAACCGUCGAGCAGGAGCAAGCUACAAAGGAAUUUAUAGAAGCUGUGAAUAAAUGUAGAGCUGGGAGACGAGCUGGGCCGGUAUCCUGGAGUACCGCGUUAAAAUUCUUAGCUGCGCGAAAGUUUGAAGUUCAACGAGCUUUAGCUCUGUAUGAGCAGCACGAAGCCACUAGAAGAAGAGAGGGACUGGCGAUCUUGCAUCCUACUCAGGAACCUUUACUCAGUGAACUACGCACAGAAAAAUUUACCGUUCUGCCAUCUAGAGAUGCAACAGGUGCAGCGAUAGCUAUUUUUACCGCACAUUUACAUCUUCCACAAAAUACUACACAUCAAACGACUCUGCAAGGUGUUGUCUAUCAAUUAGAUGCUGCUCUAGAAAGUGCAGAAACGCAGAAGCAUGGUCUAAUUUUUAUUUAUGACAUGUCUGACAGCAAAUAUCAGAAUUUUGAUUAUGACUUGUCCCAGAAAAUUUUGACACUUUUGAAGGGUGGUUAUCCAGCAAAACUAAAAAAGGUCUUGAUCGUGACGGCUCCGUUGUGGUUUAAAGCGCCCUUCAAGAUCCUCCGAUUAUUCGUUCGUGAAAAAUUGAGGGACCGAGUGUUCACAGUAUCCAUUCCUCAAUUGACAUUGCAUAUUCCACGAGAAUCAUUACCACAUCGUUUAGGCGGCACGUUGGAGAUACAGCAUGAAGCAUGGCUACUUCAUUGUCUUAAAUCCAUGACUAACCGAGGCGGGGGUGAACUUUGUGAGGUCGCCCCAAGAGUAGAUACACCCACGUCGCCCACGGCGAAGGAUGAUACGGUUCAUCAAAAUCUUAAUGAAACUGCAACGCACAGUACUCCGACUAGUCCUAUAAUCGAUAAAAACAAACAGGUGAAAAAUGGUGUGUCGAAUAUUGCCGACAUCGAAAUCACCACUGCAAAUAGUGAGAUAGCAUGGCCGGAAAUCGAUGAGGCGCCAUCCCCAGUUCAGGCUCCGUCCUCAGCUAGUUCCGGUUUUAGUGACGAUGAUAGCCUUCACGGCGAGCCUUCCGGGCUUCAAACUUUCACUAUGGAACAACUUGUAGCAGAUCUAAAAGUGCGAGGACGUGCUGGUCUCAUAAAAGAAUAUACGGAAAUUAGGCAGAGACCGCCGGAUGGUUCAUUUAAUAAUGCAAAAUUAAAAUCUAAUCAAUCAAAGAAUCGUUACACCGACGUGCUUUGCUAUGAUCAUAGCAGAGUCUGCCUUUCGCAAAUAGAUGGAGAUGCAACAUCCGAUUACAUAAACGCAAAUUUUGUCGAUGGUUACAAGCAAAAGAACGCGUUUAUCAGUACUCAGGGUCCUCUUCCGAAAACUUGCGGUGAUUUCUGGAGGAUGGUUUGGGAACAACAAACACUGGUCAUUGUCAUGACUACGAGAGUGGUGGAGAGAGGGCGUACAAAGUGUACACAGUACUGGAAUCCGGAACCGGGUUAUGACGUACAAGUGGGUGGCUUUACAAUAACUACUCUCGAAGUUGAUAAAAAUCGUGAUUACACAAUAUCCAUGCUUCUUAUUACAAAUACAAAGACUGAUGAGACGAGGGAGGUUUGCCAUAUGCUUUACACGGCAUGGCCAGAUUAUGGUGUUCCUAAGUCGGCUUCAGCUUUAUUGCAGUUCUUGUCUUUGGUGAGACAGCAACAGAGCAAAUUACUCGCCAGCAGAGGAGAUACAUGGGCCGGACAUCCUCGAGGACCACCUAUAGUUGUACAUUGCAGUGCUGGCAUUGGAAGAACAGGUACAUUUUGCACCUUGGACAUUUGCAUAUCGCGACUUGAGGACACUGGAACUGUGGACAUACGAGGAACUGUUGAAAAGAUCAGAUCACAGAGGGCCUACAGUAUUCAAAUGCCAGAUCAGUACUUUUUUUGCCAUGUUGCUCUAGUGGAGUAUGCGUGUUCUAAAGGACUGCUUAGCGUACAAAAUGUCUCUGUGCUCUCUCCAUCGAUCGAAGAGGAUUCCGAUUAAGAAAAUGAGAGUUUUGCUAUCAUUAUCGGAUUGAUGUUCUUCCCAAGUAUGCAUAUAUAUGGUAUCCUUAAAAUAGCCUAUUUCUAUCUUAUAAACGACUGAAAGUUAUUUUUCGCUAUUGUUCCCAUCGAUGUAACGAUUUAACUUCUCGCUGUUACAUCCCACACUCCUAAAAAUUGGAUGGGUUCUUUUUCUCAAAGUCAAAUGUAAGCGAAUAGGAAACUUCACAUUCCUGUUCCUUUCGUCGGGCUCUGAUGAAUACUAUAUAAUUCUAUAUAAAGGUGCAUCAAAAAGCACUAAUUACAAAGAUAAGUAUUUUAUUAGUAAAAUAAGAAUUUGGCAUGUAAACAAUUCUGUGUAUCGUAUCUUGACUCUCUCAGAUAUAAGUUAUCAUGAGAAUAUAAAGUUAUGACUAAUCUUUCAAAAUUUAUUUGGACUUACAAUAUUAAAUUGAAUUUUUAAUCACAUAAUGAGGAGAAUAUCUAUAAUUGUAAUGUGUGUUAUGCAGUUUCAGUGUUAUAAUUUAGUACACCAGGGAGUCGAUUGUAUACUUGUCCCUUAGGGCGAAAAAAUGAAAAGUUUCGCGUAAAUUCUAUGAUUUCGCUCGAUCAUGUAACUCUCCUAACCGCGGAAAUGUGAAACUUUUUAUGUGAACUUUUUUGCCAUGAAACUUGGUGGCGGAAAGGCAGAAAUCUAUUUUGGAAUAAAUGUGAUACAUUCUUGUUAGUAUUGCAUUAACAGAAGAAAGGUUUGUCGUGCAAUGCUGUACUAAUAAUAAUAAUCCCCUUUAGCUAUAAAGCCUAGAAUCCAUGUUUAAUGAUUUCACUUUCCGCGCAUCCAAGCUACAUAAUCAAUAUGCGUAAUAAAUUUCGUGAAAUCUGGAUGAACAAAAAAUGAAAAAUGAGUGAAUAUGCAUAAAAGGUCAUAAUACUUCACCGAUUUAAUCGUCACUUACGUAUGUUGUAGGAGUGUUCUGAAUAAUUCCCCGUCAGUAUCAAGUGAUAGACAGCAUUGGUUUAGGAGAUAUAACAAAUUGAAGUUUGACAUAAAGUUUGUGUAUGCUAUAAUAAUCUGUUAUUUUAUGAUUGAAAUAUUAAAUAUUAAAUUGGUGAAGUGUGACCUUUGCAUAUUUAUUUUGUAGGUGUGGCAUUUUAUUUUUUAGGUGUGCAUAUUUACCGAAAAGUGAAAAGUUUCAUGUGAAAUGACAUGAUCGAUUCCCUGUAACUAAAUAUAUAUUAAUCACAAAUAUUAGUCAUUACUUUGCGUUCCUACAACAAUUGCAUAGAUCCAGUUUAUACUCAUUAUUUAUACUUAUUAUUUAUACUUUAUUCAUAUUUAUAUACUUUUACUCAUAUUUUCACAAAGUUAAUAUACUUGAUACAAACAUAGUUGAAUUAAAAUGUUUGGUGCGUACUAUUUUGGUUCAUAAAAGUGUAUGGUAUAAAUUAGGCCAUAGGAAUAUUCUUACGAGAUUAUGAAUAAGUUUAUUUGAGAGAGUUAAAUUCGAUCGUGCUAAAAGUGAAGAAACCAA